GAUGCUUUUGCGAGUCCUUCUUGAACGAUGAUCAUGUCCUUAAUAACGAAGGAGAUCAGAUAAUGGAUCCGCCUGCAGAGAAAAAGAAUCACAGCUCGUCCGGGGAUGCUGAGCGUUCGCCAUGGCAGGUUUUGGAGACUGGAUUUAGUCGAUCUUCGGACGAUGCACCCGCCAAAGAUAAGACGCCCACAAUGUCGCAUCACAACGGAAUGCCGCACUCGGACUCGCAAGGGUCAGUGGUUAAGGCAGCUGACCUGGAUGCCGCAUCGCACCCUCGAGGGCUGGGUGGGGAUCAAACAGCCACCAACCGUGAGCCUGGAGAUCACGGUCCAUCUCUAGUAAGAUACCAGGGUGAGACGGGCAGGAAAAGAAUACCCUCGGGUGGCAACACGAGAGGGCCAAAAUCUCCAGAGCCUCCAGAGGAGCACACAACACUGGCAGCGCCUGCGCUACAGAAAUCUCCAGGCCUCAUACCAUCCAGGGUCAAUGAAAUUGGUACCAGACUUGCGCCAGAAUCCGUGCAAUCAUAUGAUGAUGCGACGUCAGGCACAACAGAGUCAUGGUUUGACUGGUUUUCAGACAAGACUGAGGAGCUUCCGAUUCUGGCACCGAGCCACCCAUUGUCAUCGCUUACUCCUCAUGCCAUUGCGAUCCUGCUCAGUCACUACAACAAGUGGCGGGCUUGUGCUAUGGAGCAGGAGCAGGAACAGGAGCAGGGCCCCCCAAGCGCGCCGCCGCCAAAUGGGUUAAGUCCAACACAUAAUCGCAGGAAACGGCCCAAGUUUUCCCACGCAGGGCGGGACGAUGACGAAGAUAAUGGCGACGACGAUGGUGGCAGAUCGCCAGACCCAAACUCGACGAGGAAGAAGCAAUCCCUGAACGAAAGCACUGUGACAUUCUCAUGUCCUUUCCUGAAAAAGGACUCGACAAAACAUGGCGAGUGUUCGAAGUACAUGCUAUCGCGCAUCAGAGAUGUGAAACAGCAUUUGGGACGUAAGCAUCAGAUGCCGAUCUAUUGCCCACGGUGCAUCGAGACGUUCUCCGAUGAGGAUUCGAGAGAUGAGCAUAACCGCAAUGUGGAUUGCGAGCGCAGCCAGUUGGGCAAACCUGAAGGUAUCACCGAGGCACAGAAGAAGGCAUUGGGCAAGAAAGCCCCCGCCAAUCAAUCCCAGGAAGAACAGUGGUAUGGAAUCUUCGACAUUCUGUUUCCGAACCACCCUAGGCCGGCAUCCCCGUAUAUCGACAGUGCGCUGCUCCGCAAUGCCUUCGUCUACCAGUCUUUCCUCGCGAGCAACGGACCCCGCAUUUUGAGCUCAAUCCUGGAGAGCAGCGGAGCCAUGUCGUGGAAUCCGCCUCCAUUCCCACAGAGCGACGUGCAGCUGUGGAGAGAGCAAGUCUUGGCACAAGCCUUUCAACAGCUCUUUGACCGAUGGGCAACUAUGGGCGCGCUUGCCAAUUCCAACACUACCACAGACACCCCCUUCAACACUUCGGCCGCCACUGGGGCGGUCGGCACAUCAUCAGCGCACAUGAAUCUGCCGCUCCAGCACAGCAUCGAGACAGAAAGCAAUUCUGCCAUAGGGGACGACCUGUACCGGUUUGACGUGAUCACCAGUGAGACCGCUUCGUCUGUGUCCGAGAUACUAUCAUGGCAAUCCGAGAGUGACUUCCUGACCGGCAACGCCCAGGGAGGGGUGGUGCCCAGCCCAUUCGGUCCGAUGGGCACAGCCCAUUACAAUGGAAGCAUCACCUUCACUCCUUAUGACACUCAGGAGUUACAGCAGACUUUUAGCCGCGGGCUAGACUUUUACAGCAAUGGCAAUGGCAACGACAACAACACGAACAACAAUGGCAACAACAGCGGUCACCACAACAACAACAAUGGUCACAACGGGCGCCAGCACAAUAUGCACUAUGGUCAUUGAGCAGCACGCCGGCGCACCCUUGUAUUUCGUGGCACAUCAAUCUCCUACAUAUCUUGCUCUAUUUUCUCUGUCUGGCGGGCUCGGUUCGAUCAU